AUGCCAACCGAAAUCGACGAUGAGUCCACUCUUGCUGGUGGUCCUUCUGGCUUAAGGCGACAUAUCAAGAACCUUGAGCACAGCCUAGCCCACUACAACCUUGAGGCUCGCGGCAUCCAGCGCGUCAUGCCAAAUGAGCGUCACAGCUUGAGAAACCUGGGAUACUCUCAAGUUGGUCUUCUGUGGUUCAGUGUCAAUCUUGCUGCCAACAACAUCACCCUUGGAAUGCUCGGCCCAGCUGUUUACUACCUUUCAUUCUUGGACUGUUCUCUGUGUGCCGUCUUCGGUAUGCUUGUCGGAUGCCUCCCAGUUGCCUAUAUCGCCACUUUUGGGCCUGUCAGUGGUAACAGAAGCAUGGUCUUAGCUCGCUACACCAUGGGCUGGUGGCCAGCUAAACUGGUUGUUAUCCUCAACAUAAUCGUGCUGCUUGGCUACUGCUUGAUCGAUGCCGUGGUAGCUGGCCAAAUUCUUUCUGCUGUCUCACCGCAUGGGUCUCUCUCAGUCAUCGUUGGUAUCGUCAUUGUUGCCGUCCUGACUUGGGCCGUCACCAUCUUUGGCUACAGCGUCUUCCACUUCUACGAGCGUUACGCAUGGCUUCCCCAACUCAUCGUUCUUUCUCUACUCGCUGGUGUAGCCGGUCCGAAGUUCGAUCUUGAGACACCCUCCACUGGCGAACAUCUGACCAUAAUCGGCAAUCGCUUGUCUUUCUUCAGUCUGUGCCUCUCUGCAGCUAUCACCUACGCAGGUGGAGCCGCCGAUUUCUUCGUCUACUAUCCCGAGGAGACCCCUCGCUGGAAGAUCUUCUCCGUCACUAUGUGCGGUUUAGCUUUGUCGUUCACCUUCGCGUUCAUUGUCGGCAUUGGAUUGGGCUCUGGCAUCGCUACCAACGCCUCUUGGGGGGAUGCAUACAAGGUCUCGCAAGGUGCUCUUAUCGUCGAGGGCUUCGCUCCCCUAGGAGAUUUUGGUAAAUUCUGUGGUGUCAUUGUGGCUCUUGGUCUGAUUGCCAACAUGAUCGCUCCUACCUACAGUGCAGGCAUGGACUUCCAAGUCCUUGGUCGAUGGAUGACUGUCGUGCCUCGCAUUGUUUGGAACACUCUGGGUGUCGUCAUCUAUACUGUAUGCGCCAUCGCUGGUCGUGAGAGUCUUGCAGCCAUUUUCACCAAUUUCCUUGCGCUCAUGGGAUAUUGGGUAUCGAUCUGGAUCGCCAUUUCUCUUGAGGAACAAUACAUCUUCCGUACCUGGAGAGGUCUCGGAUUCAAUUGGAACUCUUGGAAUGAAAAGAGCAAGAUGCCUAUUGGCAUUGCCGCUAUCAUUGCCUUCCUUGUUGGUUGGGCUGGAGCAAUCCUUUCUAUGGCGCAGGUCUGGUAUAUUGGUCCGAUUGCCAAGCAAGUUGGAGAGUAUGGCGGUGAUAUGGGCAACUACGUCGGAUUUGCCUGGGCAGCACUGUUCUACCCCCCUCUCAGAUGGUUCGAGCUGAAGAAAUUUGGCCGUUGA